GUAAUUAAAUAUGCCGACAUGGCCGCUACCAGUGAAAAUGUCACCCUUUAUCCUACAGUCUUUGAUUACAGAGAUUCUAAUGCUUUUUUGCCAUUCGUUGCAUACAACCAAAUAAUGCAACUACCACAGUUGAGUUCACUUUGAAGUAAAUAAAUGGAGGCGUUCAAUGUUCCGUGGGACCAGCUGUUGGAAUUGUACAGCAACGCUUGUUAUUGUUGUCGCUCCGUCUGUCGUCUGCUGCAUGAACACAUUCAGCGAUUAAAGAAGGACUGGAGUACUUGCCGUCCGGGAAAAGUUCAAACGUAUCCUGUGACGUACUCCGAAUCAUGCCUCCGAAGUUCAAGCGUAAUGUGCCGCGCGACGACGUGGCCAAAGCCGACGACGUGGAGAAGGAAACCCUCCUUGAUCAUGACAGCGAUCCAGAUGAAGAAAUGCUUUUCAACCGCCCGAGUACUUCGACCAGUGAACCAUACAGAGAUCGUAAAAUGGACAGAUAAAAGAAGUAACAGAUGUGAUGCGCGAAAACGUGCAAAAAGUAAUGGAACGAGGAGAAAAAAUGGAAGACUUAGAAGUGGCCAGCGAACGGCUGGCUAUGGCUGGAAACGAGUUUCACGAUUCUGCAAAGAAGGCACACCGCAGGGCUUGGAUGCAGAACAUGAAGAUGAGAAUCAUUGUCGGCGCCAUUAUUCUGACAAUAGUUAUGAGUAUUAUUGUACUGGACAUCUUGGUGCUUUACCUAGUCAUCAGAUAGUUAAUUGGACUGGUGAACAGCCUGUGUAGGAACCAAGGUACUUUGAUCAGAUCGUAUUCCUGACGUCAUGCAACUGCCUUCCAAUACGCAUCGUAAUUUCAGUUUAAAUAAUUGUAAUAUAUUUUGUGAUAACGAACUUUACUCCUUCAAUUAACAUGUAGAAAAAAUAAAUGUUAUUCUUGUAAUUCUGUAUAAAUAAACGACGUAACUCUACAUGGAUACGCAUAAUUAUGUUCGAAA